UCAAAAUUCGCGCCAAAAAUAUAUUUAUAAAAGCAUAUUGUUAUUGAACGCAUCAAGCAUCGUAUUUUGAUAUUCAGAUAAUUGUUAAAUAUAUAUAAGGAUUAUGGAUCAAUUGAGUUCACCACCACCACCUACACCAGGAAGUGAUGCGUCGGAGCGAAGAGAACUUCGUGCUGCGAUGACUUCUCCAGUUGGUGAUUUUGAACCGUUUGAAAAUGAAGAUGAAAUCCUUGGUGACCAAACUGUACACGAUGAAGAAGAGGAAGAAGAUGGGGAAGAAUUAUUUGGUGAUAAUAUGGAAAAUGAUUAUCGUCCGAUGCCGGAACUUGAUCAUUAUGACCCUGCUUUGUUGGAUGAAGAAGAUUAUGAUGAUAUGUCACAGGGUGAACGGCUAGCAGCGGAAGCUGAAAUGCAACGUCGUGAUCGUGCAAAGGGUAUACAUCGUGAUGAUCGUGAUUUGGGUUUUGAUGAUAGUGACGAUGAUGAUGACGCUGGACCGCGUGCAAAGCGUCGUGCAGGUGAAAAGGCAGCUAUGGGUGAUAUAGAAGAUACUGAAAUGGUUGAAUCAAUUGAAAACCUUGAGGAUACUAAAGGCCAUUCAACUAAAGAAUGGGUUAGUAUGUUGGGACCGCGCACAGAAAUUGCACACAGGUUUCAAUCAUUUUUACGAACAUUUGUUGACGAUCGUGGCGCUUAUACAUAUCGCGAUCGUAUCCGAAGAAUGUGUGAACAAAAUAAGUCGUCUUUUGUUGUAUCAUACACUGAUCUGGCAAAUAAAGAGCAUGUUCUUGCUUAUUUCUUGCCAGAAGCUCCAUUUCAAAUGUUGGAAAUUUUUGAUAGAGUUGCCAAGGAUAUGGUUUUGUCUAUAUUUCCAACAUAUGAACGUGUAACCACUGAAAUCCACGUUAGAAUUUCUGAGCUGCCACUUAUUGAGGAGUUGCGUACGUUCCGAAAAUUACAUUUAAAUCAAUUGGUGCGCACGUUGGGAGUUGUAACUGCGACCACUGGUGUACUGCCACAACUAUCUGUCAUUAAAUAUGAUUGUGUUAAAUGUGGCUAUGUUUUAGGUCCAUUUGUUCAAACACAGAAUUCUGAAGUAAAGCCUGGCUCAUGUCCGGAGUGUCAGAGUACUGGUCCAUUUUCUAUUAAUAUGGAACAAACAUUGUAUCGUAACUAUCAAAAAAUAACUUUACAAGAAUCUCCUGGACGUAUACCAGCAGGACGAAUACCUCGUAGCAAAGAUGUUAUUUUAUUAGCGGAUCUUUGCGACUUAUGCAAGCCAGGUGAUGAGCUGGAAGUAACUGGCAUUUAUACAAAUAACUAUGAUGGUUCACUGAAUACUGAGCAAGGCUUUCCUGUAUUCGCCACAGUUAUUAUUGCAAAUCAUGUUGUUGUAAAAGAUAGUAAACAAGUAGUACAGUCUUUGACAGAUGAAGAUAUUGCGACGAUACAAAAAUUGAGUAAAGAUCCAAGGAUUGCAGAACGCAUUAUUUGUUCAAUGGCUCCAUCUAUAUAUGGACAUGAUUACAUUAAGCGUGCGUUAGCACUAGCACUUUUUGGUGGUGAAUCCAAAAACCCUGGUGAGAAACACAAAGUAAGAGGCGAUAUCAAUUUAUUAAUAUGUGGUGAUCCUGGUACUGCUAAGUCUCAGUUCUUAAAAUAUACGGAAAAAAUUGCACCACGCGCGGUUUUCACAACUGGCCAAGGUGCUAGUGCUGUUGGUUUAACUGCUUAUGUGCGCCGCAAUCCUAUUUCUAAGGAAUGGACACUUGAAGCGGGUGCAUUGGUAUUAGCAGAUCAGGGUGUUUGUCUUAUUGACGAAUUUGAUAAAAUGAAUGAUCAGGACCGUACUUCAAUUCAUGAAGCUAUGGAACAGCAAUCUAUUUCUAUAUCUAAAGCUGGAAUUGUUACAUCUCUGCAAGCGCGUUGCACAGUCAUCGCUGCAUCUAACCCAAUUGGUGGCCGUUACGAUCCGUCGAUGACUUUUUCAGAAAAUGUUAAUCUUUCAGAACCAAUACUAUCUCGUUUUGAUAUACUUUGUGUUGUGAAAGACGAAUUUGAUCCAAUGCAAGAUCAACAAUUAGCUAAAUUUGUUGUAAACUCGCAUAUAAAACAUCAUCCUUCCCAUGGAGAAAUUAUAGAAGAUUCACAAGUUUCUAACGUAAGUGAAAUACCACAGGAUUUGUUGCGACAGUACAUAGUUUAUUCAAAAGAGAAUAUACGGCCAAAACUAACAAAUAUUGAUGAGGAUAAAAUAGCAAAAAUGUAUUCACAACUACGUCAGGAAUCAUUUGCUACGGGCUCUUUGCCUAUAACUGUUCGUCACAUCGAGAGUGUUAUACGUAUGUCGGAAGCACAUGCUCGUAUGCACUUACGAGAAAGUGUCACAGAAGUUGAUGUUAACAUGGCCAUACGUAUGAUGUUGGAAAGCUUUAUUGAAGCGCAGAAGUUUAGUGUUAUGAAGAAAAUGCGCAGCACAUUCCAGAAAUAUUUGGCUUUCAAAAAAGAUCACUCCGAAUUGUUAUUCUUUAUUUUACGUCAACUUACGCUUGAUCAACUGGCAUAUAUACGUUGCAAGGAUGGACCAACAGCAACGCAUGUCGAAAUAAUGGAACGCGAUCUAAUAGAGCGAGCAAAGCAACUUGAUAUUUUUAAUUUGAAACCCUUCUAUGAUAGUGAAUUAUUUAAACAAAACGGAUUUUCAUACGAUCCAAAGAGACGUAUUAUUUUACAAAUCGUAACAGAAGCCGCAGUCUAAAUGACUUAAGUUAUAUAUAUUUUUUUAAGUAAUA